GGGGAUAGAUUUGUUAUUUGUAAAUUUUUAUUACAGAACCGGUUCCAUCGGCUGAUUCGAACCCAGACAUAAUGGGAGUAUCUGAAGAAUUGACCCCAAACGCCGGAAUGGAACCGCGUACCACCGGCGCGCCGGACCAAAGCGACGGGAGCGAUCCCGAACCGGACGAAUUCGCCCCAAAACGAAAACAGCGACGCUACAGGACCACGUUUACCAGUUAUCAAUUAGAAGAAUUGGAGAAGGCGUUCUCGAGAACGCACUAUCCUGACGUUUUUACAAGAGAGGAAUUAGCAAUGAAGAUAGGAUUAACUGAAGCAAGAAUACAGGUAUGGUUUCAAAAUCGCAGAGCAAAGUGGAGGAAACAAGAAAAAGUAGGCCCACAAGCCCAUCCCUACACACACUACUUAACACCAACAGCAGGUGGUCCAGCGCCGUCGGUCAUCCCACCAACCCUUCCGAAUCCCUUCAACAUUCCCUUCGGAUUACGUAAACCAUUCGACUCCCUCAGCUUCCGUUAUCCACCCCAAGUACUUCCGGGAUACCUAACGGCAACACCGUCGCCCUACCAUCGAGGUCCGCCCUCGCUUCUACCGCCCUCCGUCGGUCUCUACCCCUCCGCAAGUUCCUUCCAAACGCUACUGGCGAACAUAUCGGCCGCGCAAAGACCGAAACUUCCGACGCCGGAGUUCACCGCUUCCCCGCCGCUGUCGCCGAACUCUUCCGGCGCGACGUCGUCGCCGCCCGAGGUCGACCGACGAAGUUCCAGCAUCGCCGCCCUGCGACUUAAAGCUCGGGAACACGAACUCAGACUGGAGAUGCUUAGACAAAACGGGGAUCUAAUUAGUUAGAAUUUAAUUUUGUAGGUAAUCGUAAUGUUUGUUUUUUCAUCGCUAUUAUUUUCUGAUGUAAAACUGUGAUGUAAAUCUUUUAAUUCUUCUUAAAUUGUCCGAGUAUAAUAAUAAUUAUUAUAUGUAUGUAUAUUUAUUAGUAAUUACGUACGACUGCGUUUGUCCGUCCAAAAAUGUAUGCAAAUAAAGUCUUAUUAUUUUGUA